CCACUACAAGGCAGAAGUGACAGAGAAAACCCAAAGCAAGAAAAGAAAAAUUAACAAAAAGGGCCAAAAACAAAACCAAUUUUAACCCAAAAAAAUUGAAAAUAGAAAAAGAAAAGAAGCAAGAAGAAGAAAGAGAAGAAAAGUAAUGGUAGUAAGAGAGAGAAAAACAAGAGAGAGAGAGAGUGGAGGAGAAGGGGGCGUACACUUUAUUGCCUUUUUUAUGAUGUACGCAUCCAUGGCAGAACAGAGAAGGCCACAGACCACUGCUACAACACAAGCCUAGAAGAACAAACAAAAACAACUCUCAUACUUGAUAAGAAGUAGAAGAAGAAGAAGAAGAUAGUAUCAAGAAAAACAGAGGAAGAAAGCAAAAGGGUAGCUGAAAAUGGAGUAAAAGAAAUAAAGAUUGUGGAAAUGGAAAGUAGAAGGAAGAGGAAGUUGAGGUGGAAGAAGAAGAAAGGAGGGGAAAGGAGGAAUUUGAAGAACAAUCUGUGAAAAAUGGGAUUUUGGGAUUUGAUGGCAUGCAAAGAAAAAUGGUGGGUUUCAAAUUAAACCCUGAAAUUUUGAUUUCUUCUACUUAUUUGAAGAAACCCUUUGGAAUAUUGUUUUUGUUGUUCUUCAUUUUCUGGUUUUUGUUCCUCUGGGUAUGAGGGGUAUUUCCUUUCAUUUUCAGGGGAAGGGGGAGUUGGAAUUUUCAGCUGCUUUUUCUUCUUCUUCUCCGAUUUGCUCUGGUUUUGCAGAAAAGUGGGUUAAGAAAGGGGAAGAACAACAAGAACAAGAACUAGACGAAGAACAAGAAGAAGGGUUUUCUUAUUUUGCUUUACCUAACAACGAACCCACUUCCGUUCUUCAUAUGAGAAGCCCCAGUCCUCCCACAUCGGCUUCUACUCUCUCUUCUUCCUUUGGCGGCGGUGGCGGUGGCGGUGGUGGUUGUGUUCCUUCGCUUCCUCCUGAGACUCCUGCUGUUGAACCGGUCGCUGGAGCUGGUGUUGGUAACGCCAUUUUUCCAGGUGGAUUGGAGCGAUGUGGGGUUGGAUUAGAAGAUUUGGAGAGUAUGUGGUCGGAAACAGCCGGCCCAGAACCGUCGUUUCUCCGAUGGUUUGCCGGAGAUGUUGAAGAUCCCAGUUUAGGGAGUAAAAGUGUUUUGGCUAAUGGGAAUAUACCCUUUGAUUUGGAUGGCAAUGCCGGUAUCGGAAUCGUCGAUCAGGGUUCCGAAUUUGACACCGGUUCUGGUAAUGUUCUUGCCAACAUUAAUCCUAAUUUAUCGUUUCCUCUUGCUGCUUGUGCUGGGUUUUCUGAUGUUAAUGGUAACAAUAAGUCAUUUAAUAGAAACACUUGUGGAGGGGUUGUUAAUUACAAGAGUUCUAGUUUGGGUUCGAACAAUCGCCAUGGAAAUUUCAAUGUUCAGAACCCUAUCUUUACUGGGUCUCUUGAAAAUCUUGUUGUUCCCGUUUCUGGUAUGAUUUAUCCUCAACAACUUCAGCCAUUCGAGAGCCCUGAUGAGAAACCUCAGAAUUUAAAUACUCAGGUUUUGUUGAACCAACAUCAGCAGCCUCAAAACCCUAGCUUUUUUGUGCCAUUGACGUUUGGUCAACAGGAACAGCAGCUCCAGCCUCAACUGAAGAGGCAUAAUUCGAGUGGAGGACUUGACCCCAAUCCGAAUGGGCAGAUCCUGAAAGUCCCGUUUAUGGAUCCAGGGAAUGAGAUUUUUCUGAGGAAUCAUCAGUUGCAGGUGUUGCAGCAGCAGCAGCAGCAGCAGCUUGGUUAUCCUCCGGGUUUGCAGUUUCUUCCUCAGCAGAAGGCAAUGUCGCCGAAGCCAAAAGUUGUAGGGCUUGGCGACGAAAUGUCGUAUCACAAUCCCCCACAGCAACAGCAUCAGCAUGCUUUGCUCGACCAGCUCUACAAGGCAGCAGAGCUGGUAGGGACUGGGAAUUUCUCAUACGCGCAAGGGAUAUUGGCGCGGCUCAAUCACCAGCUCUCACCUGUUGGAAAGCCCCUUCAAAGGGCUGCUUUCUACUUCAAGGAGGCUCUUCAAUUGCUCCUCCUUAUGAAUAACCCAGUUAAUCCUCCUCCACCUCGCUGCCCGACACCGUUUGAUGUGAUCUUCAAGAUGGGUGCUUACAAAGUGUUCUCGGAAAUUUCCCCACUCAUUCAGUUUGUGAAUUUCACCUGCAACCAGGCACUGCUUGAGGCGCUCGAUGACGUUGAUCGAAUUCACAUUGUAGAUUUCGAUAUUGGUUUUGGAGCUCAGUGGGCUUCUUUUAUGCAGGAACUGUCCUUGAGGAGCCGGGGUGCACCAUCGCUCAAAAUCACUGCUUUUGCCUCUCCCUCAACUCACCAUCCAAUUGAACUUGGGCUUAUGCGCGAAAAUCUCACUCAAUUUGCUAAUGACAUUGGAAUAAGUUUUGAGUUUGAAGUGGUUAACUUUGAUUCUUUGAACCAGAACUCCUUUCCUUUGCCAUUUACACGGUCCAGCGAAAACGAGGCCAUUGCAGUAAACUUCCCUCUAUGGUGUUCAUCAAAUCAACCAGCUAUGCUUCCGUCUCUCCUCCGCUUCAUCAAGCAACUCUCACCGAAAAUUGUGGUUUCACUGGACCGAGGUUGUGAUCGAAGUGACCUCCCCUUUCCUCAGCAUAUGCUUCAGGCACUUCAGUCUUACAUUAACCUUCUGGAAUCUCUGGAUGCUAUCAAUAUGAAUUCGGAUGCUGUGAACAAGAUCGAAAGGUUUCUUUUGCAACCCAGAAUUGAAAGUACGGUCCUGGGACGACUUCGAGCACCUGAAAGAAUGCCCCUUUGGAAGACACUCUUUGCCUCAGCUGGGUUUACGCCUGUAACCUUUAGCAACUUCACUGAAACUCAAGCAGAAUGUGUGGCAAAGAGAACUUCUGUGAGGGGAUUUCAAGUUGAGAAACGCCAAGCUUCCCUAGUUUUGUGCUGGCAGCGUCGGGAGCUCAUAUCUGCUUCAGCAUGGAGAUGUUGAAAAGGGGAAGAUUGGGUUCUUAGCAACUCUUAUUAUGCGGAGGUUCCAAUUUAUCUACUCAGUAUAAUUAAUCAUCAAUAAUAUUGAACUGUUUUGUGGUAUCUCUUAAGCAGCUUAACUUUCAUUACUGGUCAUUCUUGCAACAUUUUCUGCACUUGAUUCAUUUAAGUCCAGACAAACUAGCUUCCUUAGUGUAACUAAAAAUCUAACUACAAGCAUGUUAGUAUAUUAUUUCUUUUGCAAAAAACUGUCAUUGUGUUGGUCUGAUCUUCCUCUUCUCUUUUGACUCUGUUUUCUAAUAUGAAAUGCUCAUCUUUCUUGUUAUAUUGGUUGCUUUGCUAGUUUAUGUUAUUAAGAUAGAGCAUGUUCCAGUUUGAAAAACAAAUGACAUUGCAGUAUUUUCUUUA